AUGGAGAGCCCCAAUGAUUUUUCCUAUGCGAGUGAACCCACCAGCCCAAGUAGAUGCAGCCUAGAGAGCAAGAUGUACUUCUACAGUGUGCCAACUAGUCCUACCUGCAGAGGGGUAAGUGCUUCAUUUGGGUUUGAAACUGAGCCUCCAUCACCAAGAACAUAUGAAGAUGCCACUUCCUCUUUUGGUGAUGAUUUUGAAUUUGAAACUAGUCGCCGUUUCAGUGUUGAAUCAGGCCAGAAUUUUGAGAACCCAUUUGAUCAUCAGCAGCAACAAGUGCAGCGUGGGAAUUCCCUUCCUACUGCUAUGGCAUUUGCUGAUGAGCUCUUUUGUGAUGGCAAAGUCCUCCCACUCGCACCUCCUCUCAAACUACCACCGCGUCUUCGGAAUGUCAACAACAAGAGCAGCAACCAAAGCUCGGCGGCGUCUUCCCCUCGGUCUCCGAGUUCGGUUAUUAAUAAGCUCUCGUUUUCUCGCCGGAGCUUGUGGAAUGAUGAUUUCGAUCCAUUCAUGGCGGCUUUGGAGAAUGUUAGGGAGGAAAAGAGAGGGAAAACACGAGGCGACAAUCGUAGACAGGCUCGGUCGCUUUCACCAUUUCGGGCCACCAGACCACAGCAGUCCGACGACUCGGUGGGCUCAAGCUCACCUAAGCUAAGGGAGCCCAAUAGCUUGGCUCAAGUAGGUCAAAGCCCAAAGAAGUUGGAGGAGCCCAAGGGGUUGUCAUUUGCAAGACAAUUGAGGCUUGUGAAAAUAGACCAUGAAAUGCCCACCAAGCCCAGUUUGGAAGCAGGAGAGAAUGCUAGAGAAAGUGCAGAGCAUUGUAUAAGUAAGAGCAAGAGCAAGAGACAGAAAAUAAGGAAAUUUCUCUUCAAGAGUGCAUCAAUGAGGGAGUUAACUGAUAAAAACAAAGUAAGGGAUCAAAAUACAGCAUCUUGGAAGGCAAGAUUUCUGAGGAGAUUUAGCUUCAAGCCUGCAGGGUCAGCCCAAUUCAAUGGGGAUAUGAGGGUGGCUAAAGUGACCAAGAUGACUUUGAUUCAAUACAGACCAAAGCUUCUUAUGUGCAUGGGUUUUGGGGCAAGGUAUGUGAAUUGA